CGCGCCCCCGCGGCCUGCUGUUAAAAACAGGUGAAGGUGGGGCCGUUGCAGGUAGAAGAGAGCGGCGUCGGAACGGGACGGGACAGGUCAGCUCAGCUCAGCUCUUUGAUUUCAGGUUAAUCUCGGCGCCGGGAGCGAACCGAUGGCCAACGCGGGGCUGCAGAUUUUGGGGUUUGUCCUCGCUUUGCUCGGCUGGAUCGCCGUGGUGGCCAGCACCAUCAUGCCCCAGUGGAAAAUGUCGAGUUACGCGGGCGAUAACAUUAUCACGGCACAGGCGGUGUACCAGGGGCUGUGGAUGAACUGCGUAUUUCAGAGCACCGGACAAAUGCAGUGCAAGGUGUACGACUCCAUCCUGGCGCUGGGAGCUUCGCUGCAGGCAACCCGGGCGUUGAUGGUGGUGGGCAUCGUGGUGGGUGUCCUGGCAGUUGGCAUCAGCACCGUGGGCAUGAAGUGCACCAACUGUGGGGGUGACGACAAGGCCCGGAAAGCCCGCAUCGCCAUGGGCGGGGGCAUCGCCUUCAUCCUGGCAGGUCUCUGUGUACUGAUUGGCGCCUCCUGGUUUGGGAACCAGAUUGUGAAAGACUUCUACAACCCAUUCACCCCUGUCAACACAAAGUACGAGUUUGGGUCUGCGAUCUUUGUCAACUGGGCUGGGGCUGCCCUGGUGCUGAUUGGUGGUGGGAUGCUCAGUUGCUCCUGCCCCGGUAAGAGUGGCUACCCCACAUCCUACCCGAAAUCUAAGGCUCGCUCCAAGGCCUCCAGCAACAAGGAGUUUGUGUGAGGAUCAGUCGGGGGUCAUUUUUGAAGAGGAGUAUCUCCACGAACUGUUGAUCAAAAGAUUCUCUGUGGGAUGCUGAAUGAAGAAGGAAUUUUUGUGAAUUUAAACAGAACGUUGUACAUUUUGUGCUUUGAUUUAUUUUAAACAUUUAUCUUGUGUAUUUUUUUUGUUUAGAGUUUUUUUUUAAACUGAGGGGAGGGACUGGGGUUUUGACAGAUUGUGAUGGAUUAAGUUUUCCUGCUUCAGAUAGCUCUGGACGAGGAAUUUAAAAAUAAUAAUGUGUUUGGGAAGGGUACUCAAGGGACGAGUUUCGAACCGAGAGACUUGGCCUUGGCACGGUGCUGAGUCUGAACGCGUCUUCGGGAAGAAGUGUGGCUGAUCUUCGUGCUAGGGAAAAGGACAGACCAGUCCUGAUUCCGUUACCUUGAAACUGGCAUCCAACUGAUGGUGACUGUUCUCCCUCUCACCAACCUGUUUCAAUCGCCUCUGGUACCCGAUCCUGCCCUCAGCACCUCCAAGAUGGAAUAGUCCAGUCCAUUAUCCACUCCGCUGAGGCAGAGAAUCUCUCCCGGGGAUAAUGGAGGGUCCAUUUGGAGAGUGGGGACCGCGUUCUUUCUCCCUGCCCAAUCCUGCUCCUCUGAAAGGUUACAGUUCGUGACCUGUGACAUUCCGGGUGGGGUCAGAUUCCUUCAGUGGAAGGUGGGGUCUGUCUUGCCAAUACUCCCACCUAUACUUGAGGGGUUUUAAAGAGUUAUCUGGUUUUAUUUAAAACAUGUGCAUGUACAUUUCUUUUCUUAAAUAAAGUUCAUAAUCUGC